GUGGUGAUCAUAUUAAAUUUAUUCGUGAUCAGUGUGGUGCAAAAAUUAACAUAUCGGAUGGUUCUUGUCCGGAACGCAUUGUCACAAUUACGGGUAGCACCGGGACGAUUAAUAAAGCAUUUGGCAUGAUAUGUGCCAAAUUACAGCAGGAUUUACAAGCACUUCCACACAGCAUUCCAAAACCUCCGAUCACAAUGCGUUUGAUUGUGCCUGCAACUCAAUGUGGCUGUAUCAUCGGUAAAGGUGGCUCAAAAAUUAAAGAAAUUCGUGAGGCAACAGGUGCAUCAAUACAAGUGGCAAGCGAAAUGCUUCCAAGCUCAACCGAACGUGCCGUCACAAUUUCAGGAAGUGCCGAUUCUAUUGUUGAUUGCAUGCGACAUAUAUGUCAAAUUUUGUUGGAAGCACCAGCAAAAGGUAAUACAUUACCCUAUCGUCCGAAACCGAUCUUUAACCCGACCUUAUUAGCUAGUACAGCUGCAGCAGCAGCGGCUUCAUUGUUACAGCAACAACAACAACAGCAGCAGCAACAGCAGCAGCAGCAGCAGCAACCGUAUCCAAUAUUAAUUAACCCUUUGGGUCUGGCUAGAGUAACUUCCCCUUAUGUCGCAAGUACCCAAUUACUGCCAACUGUGUCUGCAUUGAACCCUUAUACAGUAUUUGGCAAUGGUUUGAUGACAUCUGCACCCAUAAAAACCGACACAACAGAACAACAGCUGGUAAAUACCGCAACACCGUGGGUAACUGUUUCAAGUUAUGACGAAAAGCAAGUUGAUUUUGCUCAAACACUGAUGAAUUCGCAAUAUGCUGGUGCUUUGGGUUUGGGAGGAAACGUAUUUCCGAGUCAUACAGCAGCUUUGGUUAAAGCAGCCAAACAGGAUCAUUUGGCUAGUCCAGCGCGCAUUUCACCGAUAUUAUUACAACAAAAUACCCGACGGUUCACUCCGUACUAA